ACUAAACCAACCUCUUUCUUUGACAAAAAAAAGUACAACAACAGUCAAGAUGCUUACUAAAAAUGUGGUGAGAUUACUUGGGAAUGGUUGUGAAACUCUCGGUUAUAAGAGUUUCUCCACCAGUUCUAUCAGAAACAUACAGCGCUCUCAAAACGAUAUACUAGAUCAAAGACAAGAAGAAAUCACAGCACCAAAUGCAUUAGCUGAAGAAUCUACCCUUCCUAAAAUUAAACAAGACUUGAAGAUCAACCCAAGACUUGCUAAGAAAAAGUCGCCUUUCAAAUCGGAUCAUAAAAUGGAAAAUGAUCCAAGUUUCCAAUUAUCAUCUUGGAAACAAAAUAUUGGUCAAGGAAUCAUCAAAUUGUUUGGUAUUGAUAUGGAUAGAUCAAGAGCUGGACCAGUUGCAGGCUCUCACUAUUUUGGUGAAUGUAAAAAGCAAGGGAUGUACUAUCCUAAUGAGCCACUCAGUCCAACUGCUAGAUUUUAUUACGAAACUCUUGCUUUACCUCAAUCAUUUUCUCAAUGGUUUCAAAUUACUGCUUUACAUUACUGGAUUUUAUCGGUUAGAAUGAGGGCCAUGCCUUUUAAAUACGGUAGAAAUUAUCAACAAAAGUUGGUUGAUAGAAUUUUUAAAGAUAUGGAAUUGAGAAUGGCCGAAGAAUUGAAUAUCAAUUCUAAUAGAAUUAUCGAAGGUUAUCUUAAAGAGUACCAUAAACAAUUAUUGGGAUCUGUUUUAUCUUACGAUGAAGGGUUAUUAACUGACGAUAUUACUUUGGCUAGUGCCUUGUGGAGAAAUGUGUUUAAUGGUGAUCCAAAUGCUGAUAUGAGACAUAUUGAAGCAUUGGUUGGUUAUGUUAGAUCACAAUUGUAUGUUUUGAACAAAAUGACUGAUCGUGAAUUUGGUUUUGGUAAGUUUACCUUUGUUGCACCUGAUGAAGUUGUUAAACCUUUAACUAAAUCUCAAGAAGCUAAACUAAGAGCUCAAGCUAAAAAGGAGUUUGAAGGUAAAACAUUACCAUCUCAAAGAAGUGUUUUAUCGUUGGAUGAAUAAUUUAUUCUUUUCGUUGUCUUUUAUUCU